AUGUGCUUACCGGCGCUAUUUGAUCACUUUGGUGGUGAAAUAUUACGGACGCAUAUGAAUCCAGCAGCUACACAGUUUAAGCCAAUACCGAACAAUGAACGUGUCGAUCUAACACGAUUUCUUUCUAAAGAACCACAGGAAUGGACUAUGGGUGAUGUUAUUGCAUGGUUAUUACAUGUUGCUAGACAGAAUGGUAUUCCAUUUGAAGAUUUAGAAAUGCAAAAAUUUGCAAACUGUACUGGUAUGAUGUUGAUUCAAAUGCGUGAAAUCGAUUUCAAACAACGUGAUGCCGUAUAUGGCUCAUUAUUAUAUGCUGAAUUCAGGAAAUUAUUGAUAGAAGAAAGAUUAGCUGAUGAAUGUGUUUAUAAAUUACCAGAAAAAGCAAGUACAUGUCGAGUACCGGAUGACAUUAGACUUUCCUGCAUCAGUAGUGGACUGUCCCCCAAUACAAGUACUUUAUCUUCACUUCUGAUGCCUGAUAGUAACCCGAUCAGUUCAUCAAGCAUGCAACCUUUAGAUACAUUAUCUCAAGUCGGCAGUGAUGUCGCUGGUACCUUCAAUUUCAAUUCACCUAUUGGAUCCGAUGAAACUUUCAUGUUACGACCGACAUAUUGCAAAGUCCGAAAAAAUAAGGAUGGAAGACCAAGGAAGCACUCACAACACACCAAAGGGAACAAAUUAUGGGAAUUUAUACGUGACGCUUUGAAAGAUCCCAGUACUUGCCCAAGUGUUGUACGAUGGGAAGACCCAGCAGAAGGCGUUUUUCGAAUUGUUGAAUCGGAAAAAUUGGCACAACUUUGGGGUGAACGGAAAAACAAUCAGAAAAUGACUUAUGAAAAACUCAGUCGAGCUAUGAGGACAUAUUAUGAAAAGCGGAUAUUAGUACCAGUACCGAAAACAGGGCUGUAUCCGAAGAAGUUAGUGUAUAAAUUUGGACCAAGUGCUCUAGGUUGA